AUGAGGGGCAGGAUUUGCCAGCCAAUUGGCUAUCGAAAGCCCGGCGGAGGCGCAGGCGCAUGCGCAGAUGUCCUGCGCCAUGGAAGGCGCAAGAGUGUCAGUGUGUGUGUGUUUUGGCGUCGGUGUGAGCGUCUUGGCGAUCGAUUAGCGCGCGCUGCCCUUUUACAUAAUCGCAGCGAGAAAAGUCCGCGCGCUUUCGUGUGCUUUUGGGUGAUUUUGGGUGAUUUGGGCGAUCAUCCCAACCGACAAGAGAAAAAAAAGGGGCCAAACCAAGCGGAUCCGAAAGGAGCGAACGUGGCGUCCAACGAGGCCAGCACCAGCGCCGCGGGCAGUGGCCCGGAGUCCGCCGCCCUGUUCUCCAAGUUGCGUAGCUUCUCCAUUGGCAGCGGGCCCAACUCGCCGCAGCGCGUCGUCUCCAAUCUCCGAGGAUUCCUCACCCAUCGCCUCAGCAACAUCACACCGAGCGACACAGGAUGGAAAGACUCGAUUCUGUCGAUACCAAAGAAAUGGCUCUCAACGGCCGAGUCUGUGGACGAGUUUGGAUUCCCUGACACUCUACCCAAGGUGCCCGUUCCAGCACUGGAUGGAACGAUGGCCGACUAUAUCCGCGCCCUGGAACCGAUUACCACGCCGGCGCAGCUCGAGCGGACCAAGGAGCUGAUCAGGCAGUUCUCGGCUCCCCAGGGAAUCGGAGCGCGACUGCAUCAGUAUUUGCUGGACAAACGCGAGGCGGAGGAUAACUGGGCCUAUUACUACUGGCUCAACGAGAUGUACAUGGACAUUCGCAUCCCUUUGCCGAUCAACUCGAAUCCGGGCAUGGUGUUCCCGCCGCGUCGCUUCAAGACCGUCCACGACGUGGCCCACUUCGCUGCCCGCCUGCUGGACGGCAUCCUGAGCCACCGCGAGAUGCUGGACAGUGGGGAGCUGCCGCUGGAGCGGGCCGCCUCGCGGGAGAAGAAUCAGCCGCUGUGCAUGGCGCAGUACUACCGCCUGCUGGGCUCCUGUCGUCGGCCUGGUGUUAAGCAGGACUCGCAGUUCCUGCCGUCGCGGGAGCGACUGAACGACGAGGAUCGCCAUGUGGUGGUUAUCUGCCGCAACCAAAUGUACUGCGUCGUGCUGCAGGCCAGCGAUCGUGGAAAGUUGUCGGAGAGUGAGAUCGCCUCGCAGAUCCUCUAUGUCCUCAGUGAUGCUCCCUGUCUGCCAGCUAAGCCAGUGCCGGUGGGUCUGCUGACCGCCGAGCCGAGGAGCACGUGGGCACGGGACCGGGAAAUGCUUCAGCAGGACGAACGCAAUCAACGCAAUCUGGAGCUCAUCGAGACGGCACAGGUGGUCCUCUGUCUGGACGAACCGCUGGCUGGGAACUUUAAUGCGCGCGGUUUUACGGGUGCCACGCCCACUGUUCAUCGGGCGGGGGAUCGGGACGAGACGAACAUGGCCCACGAGAUGAUCCACGGCGGAGGCAGCGAGUACAACUCCGGAAAUCGCUGGUUCGACAAGACCAUGCAGCUCAUUAUUUGCACCGAUGGAACCUGGGGCCUGUGCUAUGAGCACUCCUGUUCCGAGGGCAUUGCUGUUGUCCAGCUGCUGGAGAAGAUCUACAAGAAAAUCGAGGAGCAUCCGGACGAGGAUAACGGUCUACCGCAACACCACUUGCCACCACCGGAGCGUCUGGAGUGGCAUGUGGGUCCGCAACUGCAAGUGCGCUUUGCCCAAGCCUCCAAGAGUGUGGACAAAUGCAUCGAUGACCUGGACUUCUAUGUGUACCGCUACCAGAGUUACGGAAAGACCUUCAUCAAAUCGUGCCAGGUCAGUCCGGAUGUGUACAUUCAGCUGGCCCUGCAACUGGCCCACUAUAAGCUGUAUGGACGUCUGGUGGCCACCUACGAGAGUGCGUCCACUCGACGAUUUCUGCACGGCCGCGUGGACUGCAUCAGAGCGGCCAGCACGGAGGCAUUGGAGUGGGCCAAGGCCAUGUGCCAGGGUGAGGGUGCAAACGUGCCCCUGGAGAGCGAUCGCGAGGAUGAGGAGGAGUCGCGCAAGGUCAAGUUUAGCAUUUACAGUAAGGAUCACCUCCGUGAGCUUUUCCGGUGCGCCGUCGCCCGCCAGACUGAGGUGAUGGUGAAGAACAUCCUGGGCAAUGGCAUCGACAUCCCGCUGCUGGGUCUGCGAGAGGCCAGCAUAGAGGUCACCGGCGAGAUGCACGAGCUGUUCAAAGACGAGUCCUACAACAUCUCGCAGUGCUUCCUGCUCUCCACCAGUCAGGUGGCCUGCUCUACGGACAGCUUCAUGGGAUACGGACCGGUGACGCCACGUGGCUAUGGCUGCUCCUACAAUCCGCAUCCGGAGCAGAUCGUCUUCUGCGUCUCGGCCUUCUACUCCUGUGAGGAUACGAGUGCCUCGCGCUACGCCAAAUCGCUGCAGGACUCGCUGGACAUAAUGCGUGAUCUACUGCAAAACUAGACGAAAGUGGCCAGGAUUGGGGUCCACCAAAACCAAAAACAAACAUAUCAGUUAAUGUACCUAAGCAGGUUAGCGAACGAAAGUAAGUAAGUGUAACUAGCGACCACACGGGCGUUUCAUUUGUGACCAAGCACCACCAAGCGAGCCACCCAACGAGGGGUGGGGAUCCGAGGAAUAAGAUGGAUAACGAUAACGAAAUCGGAAUCGAAAACUAAUGUCAAUCAAACUAUCAAGUUGAGACAAAAAAACCAAAAAAAAGAAAUUAGGAAACUAUACGCAACCCAUUCGCUUUACAUACAUAUCCGUUACCAAAGUAUCCUCGUAGUUUGAAUUAGAGCAACUCUAGUCAAUUAAAUGUUUUAGAGCCGUUUUAUGCGCAAACUGUUAGUGCUGUUAUCUAAGUGUGUUAAUUGUGCUAUAUUAAAUAUGAGUGUUAUACCAAUCACUAACUAACUUAGCAGAGCUUACGAACUUGUUUACCCCACUGUCCGCGAAUUAUGGCGAGCAAGCUCACAAGUAUGCAAUACUUUUCGUUACGAAAGUUAUGUUUCAAAUACGUUCUAUAGUCGUUACAAAAGAUACUAGCUAAAGCAUAUACUAAAAGUACUAUCUGCGCUUGUUACUGCAAUUUCGUUGUUUGUUUGAAGAAUUAUUACAAAAAAAAAUUAUAUAGUGUCUGUUAAUAUAUUUCCAUAUAUAUUCGCGUUUUAGAGAGCAAAUGGUAUACCGUAACUAAAGGCUUUUUGGAUGAAUAUAUAUAUAUAUAUAUAUAUAUGUGUAUGUACAACCCGUAACUGAAUAAUGAAAAGAAUGUAGAGGAAUAUAUAGAAUACGCGUAUAGACUUGAGACGUAACAAUACAUAUCAAUAAAUUUACAUACAUCCCAGGAAGGCAAAUAAUGCCCCACGGCGCAGGACGAUUUCGAAAGAUAUAGAUACAUAUAUAUAACCUAUGUGUGUGUUUGUUUGUCUGUUCGAGCCGUUAGCAAAAUAAAAAGAUGUUUCGAUGGCCAUCCAAAGCUGUCAAUAAUCUGCAAAGAAUAUAUUAUAUACAUAAAUACUAUACGUAUGUUAUUUACAAUGGAAAAUAUAUGAGAAACGUUAAAGGACAACCAGAUACUUAUAUCAAACUAGUUGCUGUGUUCAUUGUUGCUAUAUAUGUACUAUAUGUAUGAUUAUCUUCUAAACUGUUAACUACGUACUAUCCAACUAACUAUGUAUCCGUUAUUAUUCGAUCUGUGUACCAUUACGUUACCAUACUGUUCUGUACUGUCGUUAAGUUUGACUCGUUUCCAUAUGGCCAAGAGCCGCAAUUAAUGUAUGCAAAAAUAAUCACGAACCGUAUAAAUUGAAAUAAAUGCAUUACAAACCAAGAGCACCAUCAUUCCUGACCUACAAUUGAUCUGCUGGUGAAUGAAAAUACUCGUACGUAUAUGGAUUUGGAUAAGGUGCGCGGACGAAUUGGCCACGUAUUUUCAGUGACUUCUAAGAAUAGAUAAGUCGUCGUCUUCCGCUUGAAACAGUCAUGGAAUCCGAGCUGCGCACUUCUUAAUAUCCAAGUGGUAAAUACGAUAAC